AUGGGUGGCUGUGCGAGUAGACCCAAGGAGUCAGACAUGAACAACGAAGGCUCUGUUCCCAAGCCUGAGUCUGAAAACGUAGUAGCCAAGGAGAUCAACACUGAAGAAAGCAGUGAGAAACAAAACCAGACAGAAACCACUGAAACAACUCCUGUCGAAGCUAAGGAGACAUCUGAGGUCGAACCGACCAAGGAAACUGCUCCUACUGCUGAACUAGAGGUUGCAGCAGCCGUGGAAGAGUCAUCUUCUGCUGGUGAGGUUGCAGCAGCACCUGAGAAAGUGGAGGACGUAGCGGCUGCAACAGAAAACGUUGAGGCGGUUGCCGUAGCUGCUGCACCUGAAAAGGUUGAGGUUGCAGCGAAAGCGGCAGAGGCCGAACCCGUAAAGGAAGAGAAAGAAGCUGUUGUCACCGUUUGA